CUGAUAUCUUGCCGAGGCAUCACUCGUAGCCCAAGGCGAUGUACGUGAGCGGUCUGGCAUUCAGUAGUCCGUUCGUACGUGAAGUGAAGGUGCAAGCUAAGGAUUGCUGGAAGUGCUGCCGGUGAAAACCGAUGGACUGAUCCUUACAAAUAAACGCUUAUAAAUCUGUGUGACGCUAUCUGUGAUGAACGACAUGGAUUCCAAAGAAGGCCUCGGCAUCGCUGACAUGGUAGUUUUUUGCCUUCUCACGGCAACAGGUUACUUCGUCGGUCUUUACUUUUCCUUCAAGGGACGGGACCGUCAGGUUUCGUCUAAUGAUACCAAUGGUGCAUCUGCUGUGCUUGAUGCCUUCCUCGGGGGCCGGAGGCUUCCUGCAGUGGCACUGGCCGUGUCUGUGCUGGCAUCAGUGGCCACUGCAGUCGGCGUGGUGAGCUUCGUGGGCCACUACUACGCGUAUGGCUUCCAUCUGGAUUGGGCAUUGGCUGGCAUCCCAUUUUCAGCGCCAUUGUUUCUCUCAAUUGUCGUACCGCUGCUUUACGACCUGCGAGUGACAUCGGUGUUUCAGUACCUUCGCAUGAGAUUCGACAACAAGGUCGGCAUCACAGCCUGCGUCGUCUACUUUGUCCUCAGUCAAAGCGUCGGUGCUGUUGGAAUUUUCAGUUCUGCCAUUGCGGUGUCCACAAUGUUUCCUAUACCUGUAUUGUACUCGAACAUUGUCAUCGGUCUGGCGGGAACAAUUUAUACCGCUCUGGGAGGACUUCGUGGAGUUGUGUGGGCCGACUGCGCUCAAGCUUUUCUUAUGUUUUUGUCGCCCAUAGUCAUCAUAGCGAAAGUGCUCUACGAUUCGAGCAGCGUGACACCAACGCUACGUCCCAUGAGUGACGCAAACAUCACAGAUUUUGCUUUUCGGGUGAAUUUCGACAUUACGACGGAUGAAAACUUGUGGAGCGGAUUGGCAGGAGCGCUGCCAUUCAGCCUCGUACGAACAGGACUCGACCAGAUGGCAGUGCAGCGAUUCAUGGCAGCCAGGACGCUACGGGAUGCAAAAAGGAUAGCUGUUGCGGGACCACUUCUAGUGCUGUUUUUCUUCUUCCUCGGUGAAUGCACAGCAGUUGCCAUUAUGUACUGGUACAGAGACUGUGACCCCGUCAUGCGUGGUGUCAUCGAUAGCUAUGAUGAGAUUGUUCCGCAUUAUAUGAUGAAGAGGCUCGCGGACGUACCCAUGCUGAGAGGCUUGUUUCUGGCGGGACUCGUGGGGGCAUCAACAAGCACGAUUUCCUCGAUUGUGAACUCCCACGCUGCAAUAUUUUACACCGACGUCGUCACACCGUACACCAAGAUAAGCGACAAAAAGGCUGUCGCCGUGAUGCGUAUUCUGGCUUUCGCGAGUGGUACCAUAAUGACCCUGUGCGCCAUUGUGGUACCUUACCUUGGCACUGCAGCACGGUUGUACAUGUCAUUCUACUGUUCGGCGGCGGGACCAUUCGCUGGGCUCUUCCUGCUGGCUUUGUCGUCACCGUGGGUCAACGCAAAGGGAGUAGGCAGUGCGACGCUGCUAGUCUGCGGAUUUCUGAUAUGGCAUGCAACUGGAAGGAGCCUUACCGAUAUUGCAUCACCACCAUUGCUUCCAAAAACGCUUGAUCGUUGUCCAUUAUCGCUGAAUAUCAGUGACUGGACUGAAUUCGCGUCGAACAGGUCACAAAGCAUUGGACCGGUCACAAGUUCGUCUACGUUCCCGCUGUACACGGUGUCUUUCUACUGGAUAUCCUUCAUUGGCGCACUGUUGACGCUAAUUCUGGGAACCGUUUUCAGCCUCCUUAGUGGUGGUCGAGUUAGUUUUGACUAG